CACUUUACGAACACACAUCGCCUAAUGAAAACGGCACUGCGUUUUUUGUUUAUUUACAUUUUGAUAGUGCUAAGUGUCAUCUCAUAAUUGUGAACAUUUAUUAAAAAUUAUUUCUAAACAUUAUGUUACAUUCAUAACCAUUUUGACAUGUGACAAAUCGAAAAAAUUAUUUUAUUAUUCAGAACUUAUGGAAUGUAAGGUUAACGGCGGGUGAAAUAUUCCAUUGUUGAAAUAACAGAAUGCCCUUGUUUUCGAAUAAAUUUUCGCCAAAGAAGACGCCAACUAGAAAGGCGUCAGUGUCUUUGGCAAAUAAGGAUUUAAGUCCUAAACGAGUAGAGAAGGAGUUGGGUCCAGAGAUUGGGCAUAUACGUCUUCGGCUUGGAGAGCAAGAAGCAAUUUUUGAAAAUGGGCAAUGGAUACCAGAAUCUGGAAAAGCUAGUGGAACGUUCAAAGAAAACGAGAGGCUGAAGAAAGAAGUAAAGAAACUAGAAGAGGAAAAUAAUUUAUUAAAACUGAAGUUUCAACUUCUAUUAGAUAUGCUGACUGAAACAACAGCGGAGUCUCACUUGUACGAGAAGGAGCUUGCCACUCUAAGAAGUAAGGUUAAUCACAGUCAGCGUUCUGUGAGCUAACAUUAAUAUAACAACGAACAAGUUAAUAAUCACAGAAUUCAAUUAAGAAUUACUCUUGCAGUCUUGUAUUUAAACACUAUCUCUGUGUAUUUAUAUUUAUCAUAACUCCAUAACAGCACCAUGUUAGUCCAUGGAAUUUUGUGGACAGGUCCUUCGUGUGUGACCUGAAAUAUUAAACUUUAAUAAUCUAAACGA